AUUGCACAACCUUGGUGACGUUUACAGAGUUAGACGUUCAUGUUCAAGAGAGACCUUUGACCCUGCAGUCAGUGCGCGCCCUUCAGCUCGUCGGAUCAGGACAGGACUGCCGAAACAAAAGAUCUACGAGUUUUCAUGAAGAAACAUUGACGACUGCACUAGUCAUGGUGUGCUUCUGCUGGCUUUCCCUGGCCGCUGUCGGGCUCUUCGCCGCGGUCUGGUGGUUCUUCAGAGACUCCGGUCGCAUCACCGGCAUCCACGAGAAACACGUCCUGGUGACGGGCUGCGAUAGCGGCUUCGGGAACCUCGUGGCGCGGCAGCUCGACCAGCGGGGGUUUCGAGUAAUCGCCGCGUGUCUCACCGAACCUGGUGCCUCCCGCCUGCGCGCGAUGGCCUCCCCCAGACUCAACACGCUUCUGCUCAAUGUUACCGACAGCGCGAGCAUCAAGCGCGCCGUGGAGCGCGUGCGCACGGAGACCGGGGAGAGAGGUCUGUGGGGUUUAGUCAACAACGCUGGCAUCUCGAUCCCCAUCGGCCCCACAGAUUGGAUGCAGCUGGAGGACUUUAAGAAGGUUCUGGACGUGAACCUCAUCGGCCUUAUUGAGGUGACGCUGAACUUUCUUCCUCUGCUGAAGAAGGCCCGGGGUCGGGUGGUGAACGUGGCCAGCAUACUGGGCAGACUCUCACUUGUCGGAGGAGGAUAUUGUCCCUCUAAAUGGGGUGUGGAGGCGUUCUCUGAUAGCUUGAGGAGGGAGAUGAUGCACUUUGGAGUGAAGGUAAGUAUCAUCGAACCAGGCUUCUUUAAAACACAAGUAACAGAUCUGAGCCUCAUUGAAGAUGAUCUGAAGAAACGGUGGAAUAACCUGCCAGCAGAGGUCAGGAGAGCCUACGGAGACUCAUACCUGCAGGAUUAUUUAAAGGCGCAGGCUUUUUCCAUGAGGAUUGUGGCCAGUAGUGACCUUUCCAAAGUGACGUCAUGCAUGCAGCACGCUCUUUCAGCACGUUAUCCCCGAACACGCUACGCCGCCGGCUGGGACGCCAAGUUUCUCUGGAUUCCCCUGUCAUACCUGCCUACUUGUGUAGCAGACGUCUUCAUGAACUUUCUACUGCCUACUCCAAAGAGCACCGUUCCAGAGGAUCACUGAACAGGCCACUACACUCAAUAGAUCAAGACAAGCAUCUUGGUUGUAAAUUUAAAUCAUAUUCAACGAAGUGUUUUUGUCUUUGAAACUGUGGUUGCUGUAUGCAACAAAUGCAAUCAAAUAAACAUGAAUUUUAUACA